CCGGCUUCAUUACAGGUUUCGGCAUCAAUUCAUCAACGUUACUAUGAUAUCCUCUCGUGCAUCAGGCCACUCAUGCUUGCCACGGUCAAUAACCUCAGAUGCCGGUUUACCCCUAUUAUGACAUAUCGCCAAGUGACUGUCCACUCCAUAUCCGAGCCGGUUGCAAUAGUUCGGCAUCCUUCGCGACGGCAACUGCCUCCGUCUUAUGCACGGCAUCCACGGCAUGCCGUCACAAUGCUGGCCAGUCUCUGACUCGGAUGAACUCGGCGCCUCACACCUCAGCGGCUCAGCCAUCUGCAUCCUCACUUCUCCAUCCCGACCCGAAAAUCCUGGCAGCUUUUCGGAGCUGUGGAGCUCUCAUCCCAUACGUGUCAGUUGCCAAACAAUCAGCGCAGCAAAACUUACCCGACAUCCCGCCUAGCAUUGCCUGUCAAAGUCGUGAAGCGCGAAUAACACAUUUUUAGGCUAAAACGUCUUCCGGAUAAAGGGUGAGAUUGACGCUAUAGUCUAGCACUAUCUAUCUACCAGCUCUACGCGAGGCGCGAGACACGCAUCCAGAGUGGUCCAGGUGCAUCUCAAGGCAGGUC